UUUUUUUAGUUUAAUGUUUCAAGAAAAAAAUAUGAAAAAUGAAGAAAAAAAUCUUUAAUAAAGUAAUAUAUGCGUUGAAUAAUGUGAAUAUAAUUAGUACUAAGAGUGUUUUUGUUAUUGGAGGAUUUCUUCGUUUUUUUUUGUUGAUUUAUGGACAUUGGCAUGAUUCAAAAUCGGCGUUUAAGUAUACAGAUGUGGAUUAUAUGGUUUUUACAGGAGCAGCAAAGGAGGUUUAUGAUGGAAAAUCAGUCUAUAAUAGAGAGACGUAUAGAUAUACACCACUUCUUGCAUGGAUUUUAAUUCCAAAUAUUAUGGGGGUCCCAUAUUUUGGUAAAAUUGUGUUUAGUAUAUGUGACAUGAUUGCUGGGUAUCUUAUAAGAAAUAUUAUGAUAUGGCAAGGGCAUUCUAUUAGAAAAGCUAAUGUUUAUGUGACAACAUGGUUGUGGAAUCCAGUUGUUGCAGUGAUCAGUACACGCGGAAAUUCGGAAAGUAUGAUUGGUGCAGGUGUUCUUUUAUGUUUAUGGGCGGCUCUUUUAAAGCGUCCUUUUUUGACAGGAUGUUUAUUUGGGUUUAUUAUUCAUCUUAAAUUAUACACGAUUAUUUACUUAUUUUCUUUUUUAUGGAUGAUGGAUAACAAAUAUGAAAGAAAACCAAUGUUAAAAGGUGUUUUUAGCUGGAUCACUUAUUCACGUUUCUAUUUUGUUUUAGCAACUUUACUUUCAUCGGUUUUUCUAAAUGGGAUAAUGUAUAAAAUUUAUGGUAUGCCAUUUUUAGAACAUACUUAUUUUUAUCAUUUUAUUCGAACAGAUUAUAGGCACAAUUUUUCUCCGUAUCAUUUAUGGCUUUAUUAUGCUUCUUCUCCGAUUAAGUCAUCUUUUCAUAUUCCAAUCUCUUUUGUUUCAUUUAUACCACAAAUUUUAUUAUCAAUGUGUUUAAUUCCUGUUGUAUUUUCUAAGAAAAAUCUUCCUGUGACUAUAUUUUCUCAAACAUUUGCAUUUGUAGCCUUUAAUAAAGUAUGCACUAGUCAGUAUUUUAUGUGGUAUCUUAUUUUACUUCCUUUUUUUCUUCCACUUCUUAAUGUUUCUACUGGUUUAUUAAUGGUUUUCUUUUGGGGUUUUGGACAAGCUUUAUGGCUUUUUUUUGCUUAUUGUCUUGAAUUCCUAGGAAUAAAUGUAUUUUUUCCUUAUUUAUGGCUUUCUGGUCUUUUAUUUUUUGUUAUUAAUAUAUGGAUUUUGGGGUACAUUAUUGAUUGUCUUUCACAUAAGAUUAUAUAA